AUGACCAAGCUUAGACCUGUACAAGGGGACUCUGUAGCCAUCAGGAUUAUCACAUGGCGGGGAGCAUACAUGCAGCACCAGGCAAUGCUUAAAUCUCCCAAAGUUCAGAAACAUAAUGUGCUUUCUUUUUCCUCAUAGGUCCUGUACAAUUUGUUCAAGUCUUUCUGCCAGAUGCGCACAAUUAAGGUUAUUGACAUAUUCGCUGGGAUUGCUAACUUCUUUAUAGUGGGGAUCGGUGGAGUAUUGAUUGGAAUCCUUUUGGGAUUUGUAGCAGCCUUUACCACCCGUUUCACCCAUAAAAUCCGAGUGAUUGAGCCACUCUUUGUCUUCCUGUACAGUUACUUGUCAUACAUAACAGCUGAAAUGUUUCAUCUCUCGGGCAUCAUGGCCAUUACAGCUUGUGCCAUGACCAUGAAUAAAUACGUGGAGGAAAAUGUUUCUCAAAAAUCCUAUACGACAAUAAAGUAUUUCAUGAAGAUGCUCAGCAGUGUCAGUGAGACCUUAAUCUUCAUCUUCAUGGGAGUGUCGACAGUUGGGAAGAACCAUGAGUGGAACUGGGCCUUCGUUAGCUUCACCCUCCUUUUCUGUUUAAUCUGGAGGGCACUGGGUGUUUUUGUUCUGACUCAGAUCAUUAAUGUGUUCCGGACAAUUCCUCUCACUUUCAAGGACCAGUUUAUUAUCGCCUAUGGAGGCCUCCGAGGAGCUAUUUGUUUUUCACUUGUAUUUCUGCUUCCUCCUGCUGUGUUUCCCAGGAAGAAAUUGUUCAUCACUGCUGUUAUCGUGGUGAUAUUCUUUACCGUUUUCAUUCAGGGAAUAACAAUUCGCCCACUGGUGGAGUUUCUUGACGUCAAAAGGUCAAAUAAAAAGCAGCCUGCUGUCAGUGAAGAAAUUUAUAACAGGUUCUUUGACCACGUGAAGACUGGAAUUGAAGAUGUGUGUGGACACUGGGGUCACAACUUUUGGAGAGAUAAGUUUAAAAAGUUUGACAAUAAAUACCUGCGAAGACUUUUAAUCCGGGAGAACCAGCCCAAAUCCAGCAUUGUUUCUUUAUACAAGAAGCUGGAAAUCAAACACGCCAUUGAGAUGGCAGAGAGCGGAAUGAUAAGCAAGGUCCCAUCGUCGGUGUCUCUCAGUGAAUAUCAUGAAGGAAAGAUAAAGCCGCUUUCUCCCACUGAAAUGGAAAAUAUGCGGGAAAUAUUAACAAAGAAUCUCUACCAAAUACGACAUCGAACAAUGUCAUAUAACCGACAUAGCCUGGCUGCAGAUGCAAGUGAAAAGCAGGCCAAAGAAAUUCUGAUCCGUCGCCGGCACAGCCUUAGGGAAAGCCUGAGGAAAACGAACAGCCUGUCAAGAGAAAGACCGGCUGCUGCAAAUACAAAACGAUUCCUUUCACUUCCUAAAAACACUAAACUCCCAGAGAAACUACGAGUGAGAAAUAAAUCAUCUUCCAAAGUGGGUGACAGCAGUGACUCUGAGAUGGAUGCCACUACCACAGUGCUCAAUCUAAGACCCAGAGCAGGGAAAAUCUUGAGAGACCAGAGACUGAGACAGCAGAGGCCACUGCCUGAGUUUCGAGUGGAGUGGAAGAACGAGGUUGACGGGAGCCAGGACCGACGAGGAGAGCAGCAGGAGCCAAGCGCUUUGCCUCAGCCAUCCGUUGGGUUCAGGCAGCCGCUGCUGACGAGACCAAGAUUUGGCACUUUGAGCAGGGAAGAUUUGACUGCAGACCACGGGUCAGCAAGACCUACGCCACCACCACGGCUGGUUAGGCAGGCAUCGCAAGGGGAAAGGCAGAGAAAUAAGCCUGAGAACCAGACGUACUGAACAUAGCAAAAAGAGAACUAUUGGUAAUAAACCGUGGACGUAUCAAGUUAGAAUUCUAAACUAUCUGACCAGGCUAUGGGAUCCAUUAAAAAAAAAAGAAAAAAACAAGCCUUAAUGUGGAUCUAACCACUUCCAUUUGGGUAAAGUCAAUGCCAUUAACUAAGUGAAAGGAAUACUGGAGCAAUUGCAAAGCUGAAGACAUUAAAAAAAAAAAU